GGGCCAAAAAAAGAUCCUUGCGAGGACCAUAGGAGUGCAGGGGGUUCUAGGAGAGCAGCAAGCAGCAAGAGGAAGCGAGUGGGGUGGGUUGUUUGCACAGCAAUCAGCUGCCAAAAUGGCCAUCAAAGUAAUGGACCUGAUCUACUGGCGGGAUGUGGGGAAGACAGGGCUGGUGGUCACAGGGCUGGUGAUAGGCCUGGCUAGCCUGUUCCAGCUCAGUUUCGUUACCAUGCUGUCCUACCUGUGUAUCUCCAUCAUGUGUCUCACCUUCCCCCUACGCCUCUACUACAAACUCCUAGAGCUGAUACAGAAGAUCCCUGAAGGAGUGCACCCCUUUCAGUCUUAUAUAGGAGACGACAGCUCUCUGACAGAUGAGGAGACUGUGUUGGUGGUGGAGGAGGUGGUGCUAAUGAUUGCCUUCGCCAUCACAGAGAUCAAACGCCUGCUCUUCAUCGACAGCAUCAUGGACUCCAUCAAGUUUGUGGUGCUGCUGUACGUGUUGACCUAUAUGGGCAUCACGACCAAUGGUCUGACCCUGGUGAUAGUUGGGGUCAUCUGUGUUUUCUCUCUUCCUCUGUUCUACAAACGAAUGCAGGGGCGAAUGAAAAGGAUUAGCAAAGCGGUCAGCGUCCUCCUGAGGAAAAUCAAAAACAUGUUUAAGAUGUUGUACAGUAAACUGAGACCCUCUCCUGUGACUACACCUGCCACAACCCUCACUCCCACCCCGGCCCCAAAACACAAACACAAGUCAAAGUGAUGAGACAGAGAAAGGGGGAUCUAUGGAAAAAAGAGGGGGUCACUCAUACUUCUUAUCUUAUCAUGCUACCUGGGAUCAGAGGCUGGGCAACUCUGACGAGGGGAGUUGGGGUACGGGGGGGGGGCUACUGGUGCUUUUAUAUUUCCAUUUUCUCAUUGUGGUGUCUGUGAAUGGAAGCAAGAUUUCAAAUCCAGUGUUUGGUCUUGGUACAUAUAGGCCUACUGAAGAUGUUUACAGACAAAUGCAUCAUUUUUCGUCACAUAUCUUUUUCUCGAGGCACUAGCUGACAGCCACAAAGUCAUAAAAUCUGAUUUUAAACCUAACCUUAACCACACUGCUAACCCUAAACUUAAAUUAAGACCAAAAAGUACAUUUUAGUUUUCAUGAAUUUUUUAAAAUAAAUUAUAGCCAAUUACAACUUUACAGCUGGCCUAUCUAAGAGGAAAUCGCUCACUUAUGCCUCCAGGUCAAGACAGAAGGGAAUUUUUAUUUAAAUCUAAAAGACAACAAGCUUGCCUUGUCAUGAGUCAAAUAUUUGUUUUUAUACCACAUAACACAUGCCAUCUUAGACAACACAGGGUGCAUACUGGCUAUCUAACCACAUGCCCAAAACUGUCAUUGACUUUGAGAGUACACUCAAAGUGUGAGAAUGGGUACUUACUCAAAGUAAGUGUAAGAAUGGGUGAAUGGGUACUUACUCAAAAGUGGCAAACUUUUGGGGGGAUUUUUGCUUACAUUUUUGAAUAAAUGUUUCACAAUUUC